AUGGGCUUUGCUGAGGAGGGCUCAGGCCUGUGGCCAGAGGAGUGGUAUGAAGGAGUGUGUGAGAUUGCAACCAAGUCUCCUCUUCUGACGUUUCCCAGCGGAGAGCCUCUGCGCUCCGAGCUGCAGUACAACUCUGCUCUGAAGAACGACACCGUGACAGCGGCCAAGCUCAGCGAGCUGCGAGCGACUAUCAGUAACUUACUGGAUCCAUCCCCAGAAGGUUCUGCGUAUAUUAAUAAACUUGACUUUGCGAUGUCCACAUACUUGAUGUCAGUUUACCGACUGGAGUACAUGAGGAUGUUGCGCUCUAAUGAACCGGACCGAUUCCAAGUCAUGUUCCGAUACUUUGAAGACAAAGCCAUUCAGAAAGAUAAAUCUGGCAUGCUGCAGUGCAUCAUAUGUGUGGGUGAUAAAGUGUUUAACGUGUUCCUCCAAAUCAUGUCUGAGAAGGAUAAAACCAAAGAACACGAGGAGGAGCUGGAGAGGCACGCUCAGUUCCUGCUCGUCAACUUCAAUCACACUCACAAAAGGAUUCGAAGAGUAGCAGACAAGUACCUCUCUGGUCUGGCCGAAACAUUCCCGCACCUGCUUUGGAGCGGCCGAGUGCUGAAGACUAUGUUGGACAUUUUGCAGACGCUGUCACUUUCUCUUAGUGCUGACAUCCACAAGGACCAGCCGUACUAUGACAUUCCGGACACGCCCUACCGCAUCACUGUCCCGGACACGUAUGAAGCGCGAGAGAGCAUCGUGAAAGAUUUCGCUGCUCGUUGUGGUGAGAUUCUGAAAGAGGCAAUGAAAUGGGCCCCUUCCGUUACCAAGUCCCACCUGCAGGAGUACCUGAACAAGCACCAGAUGUGGGUGUCAGGGCUGUCGCAGCACACCGGCCUGGCCAUGGCCACCGAGAGCAUCCUGCACUUCGCUGGUUACAACAGACGCAGCACCACUCUUGGUAGCACACAGCUCACAGAGAGACCGGCCUGUGUGAAGAAGGACUACUCCAACUUCAUGGCCUCUCUCAACCUCCGCAACCGCUACACGGGAGAGGUGGCCGGGAUGAUGCAGUUUGCCGAGGCCAUGUGCAGUCACUCAGAUCUAAACAAACUCAUGGUCCACCAGAUGACCUCGGCUCUGGACGCCAACGACCCCGAGACGUUCACACAGGCCAUGUUCAAAAUGGCCGCCCUCCUCAUAACGUCUAAAAAGUGUGACCCGCUGCUGCUGCACCAUCUCUGCUGGUCUCCUUUGAGAAUGUUCACGGAGCACGGGAUGGAGACCGCUAUUGCAUGCUGGGAGUGGCUCAUCGCGGCUCACAAUGGAACCGAAGUCCCAUUCAUGCGGGAGAUGGCGGGAGCUUGGCAGAUGAGCGUGGAAAAGAAAAUGGGUUUGUUUUCUGAGGCCAAGGCUGAAGCAGGUCCUCUGGCGGUGUCCGAGGAGAGUCGACCAGCUCCCUGUGCUCCUGAUGUCGUCCCUCACUUCCUCUGGAUUGAGUUUUUAGUGCAGAGAUUUGAAAUCGCAAAGUACUGCAGCUCGGACCAAGUGGAGAUUUUCAUUUCAAUUCUACAAAGAUCUCUGUCUGUGAGCGUCGGGGGAGCCAAGAGCAGCCUGAACCGACAUGUGGCCGCUAUAGGCCCCAGAUUCAGACUGCUCACUCUGGGUCUGACGCUGCUGCAUGCUGAUGUCGUGACCAACGCCACCAUCAGAAACGUCCUUCGAGAGAAAAUCUAUUCCACGGCUUAUGACUACUUCAGUGUGGACCCCAAGUUCCCCACUCAGACUGACAAAAGCCUGAGAGAAGACAUCAGCAUAUUGAUAAAGUUCUACGCCAGUCUCCAAUCGGACAAAAAGUAUCUGGCGGCUCAUCUGCUGGUCCCUCCUGACCCUCAGGACAUGGCCGUUAGCUUGUCGGUGAUGGCAGUAGCCGACAGCCGCAACAGUCUGGACGUGGGGCAGAGGCAGCAGGCGGCUCAAGGCUGGAUCAACACCUACCCCCUGUCGUCCGGGAUGUCCACCAUCUCCAAAAAAUCAGGUUUAUCCAAGAAAAGUAACAGGGGCUCCCAGCUGCACAAGUAUUACAUGAAGCGGAGAACUUUGCUCCUGGCGCUGCUGGCCAGUGAGAUCGAGCGGCUGACCACAUGGUACAACCCGCUGUCCACGCAGGAGCUGGCCAUCACCACAGAACAGUCUGUGGAGACCAGCAUCGCCAACUGGAGGACCAAGUACAUCAGUCUGACGGAGAAACAGUGGAAGGACACGGUCAACCUGGCCUGGAGCAUCUCGCCGUACCUCGCACUGCAGUUACCCGUCAGGUUUAAAAACACUGAGGCCAUCGUUCCAGAAGUGACGCGUCUGGUGCGGAUGGAUCCAGCUGCUGUGUGUGAUGUUCCUGAAGCAGUUAAGUUUCUGGUGACAUGGCACACGAUCGAUGCAGACUCUCCAGAGCUGAGCCACAUCCUGUGCUGGGCUCCUGCUGAUCCUCCCACAGGACUGUCCUACUUCUCCUCGCAGUACCCCCCUCACCCUCUCACCGCUCAGUACGGCGUCAAAGUUCUGCGAUCUUUUCCUCCGGACGCCAUAUUGUUUUAUAUUCCUCAAAUCGUCCAAGCACUUCGAUAUGACAAGAUGGGGUAUGUGAGAGAAUACAUCCUGUGGGCCGCUCAGAAGUCCCAGCUCCUCGCUCACCAGUUCAUAUGGAACAUGAAGACCAACAUUUUCCUGGACGAGGAGGGAAAUCAGAAAGACCCGGACAUCGGUGAGCUGUUGGAGCAGAUGGUGGAGGAGAUCAUCGGCUCUCUGUCGGGCCCUGCCAAAGACUUCUACCAACGAGAAUUUGACUUUUUCAACAAAAUCAUCAAUGUCUCUGCCAUUAUCAAGCCUUUUCCGAAAGGGGAGGAGAGGAAGCGCGCCUGCUUGGAGGCCAUGUCGCAGAUCAAAGUGCAGCCUGGGUGUUAUCUGCCCAGUAACCCCGAGGCCAUUGUUCUGGACAUAGACUACAAGUCGGGGACACCAAUGCAAAGUGCUGCCAAAGCUCCGUAUUUGGCCAAAUUCAAAGUCAGGAGAUGCGGCGUGAGCGAGCUGGAGAAAGGAGGCUUGUCGUGCCGAUCCGACUCCAUGGACGAGAGUAAAAGUGACGACGCCAAACAAACCUGUUGGCAGGCGGCCAUCUUUAAAGUGGGAGACGACUGCAGACAGGACAUGCUGGCUCUGCAGAUCAUCAGUCUGUUCAAGAACAUAUUUGAGCUCGUGGGACUCGACCUCUAUGUGUUUCCGUACAGAGUCGUGGCCACUGCUCCAGGAUGCGGAGUGAUCGAGUGCAUUCCCGACUGUAAGUCACGUGACCAACUGGGCCGACAGACGGACUGCGGGAUGUACGACUAUUUCAGGAACCAAUACGGAGACGAAUCGACGCUUGCAUUUCAGAAGGCGCGGUACAACUUCAUUCGCAGCAUGGCGGCCUACAGCUUGCUGCUCUUCCUGCUGCAGAUAAAAGACCGGCACAAUGGGAACAUAAUGCUGGACAGUCAGGGCCACAUCAUCCACAUCGACUUCGGCUUCAUGUUUGAGAGUUCUCCGGGUGGAAACCUGGGCUGGGAGCCGGACAUCAAACUGACCGACGAGAUGGUGAUGAUCAUGGGAGGGAAGAUGGAGGCCACGCCCUUCAAGUGGUUCAUGGAGAUGUGUGUGAGGGGCUACCUGGCCGUCCGGCCGUACAUGGACGGAGUGGUGUCCUUGGUAACGCUGAUGCUGGACACGGGUCUUCCAUGUUUCAGAGGACAGACAAUCAAACUACUCAAGCAGAGGUUCAACCCGGGUUUGAGUGAGAAAGAGGCGGCGUCCUACAUGAUCAAAGUCAUACAAAACUGUUUCCUCAGCAGCAGGAGUAAAACUUACGACAUGCUGCAGUACUACCACAACCAGAUCCCAUACUGA